UUUAUGAAAUGUUUAUGAAUUGACAAUAACUGAUAAAAUGAUUAACAAAGUUAUUACAACUCAUUGUUAUAAUAAUAAUAAUUGUAUUUUAAUGAUAUCCUCAUGAGUUCAGAGUAUAAUUUACUUCGGGAAGCAUUUAUUCGUGGCCACAAUGGGUCGACAAUCGGUGAAAUACUGGCCAUUACAAGUGUUAACCAAUUGACUAACUUUUUGAUGAUUGCUAUCUUGUCUUUAAUACCCAUUUUGACUGAACCAAAACUACAAUGGAUCCGCUAUACGAUAGAGUUCUUCAUAAUAAUGGUUCCGUUUGCCUUAAGUGUGACAAUAUUAUCGGAUUAUAAUCAUCUCAUAUAUAUUGCAAUCAUUGUAUUGACUUUUAUAGCAAUUAUCUUAUGUGUAGUCAAGAGAAGACCCAAAGAAAUAGUGAUAAAAGAUUUGUUGGAUUUGAGACUGAAUUACAAGAAUCGGUUGCCAUUUGUGUCUAAUUUGUUCUCAACUCUUAUGCAAUGCGUUUGUAUAUCAAUACUUGCCGUUGAUUUUCAUGCAUUUCCGCGACGUUUUGCCAAAACAGAGAUCUAUGGCUAUAGUCUUAUGGAUGUCGGUGUCGGCGCUUUCAUUGCCAUUAACGGCGGAUUUUCUCCCGAAGCCAGACUUGGAAGCGAUCAUCACUUUCAACGUUUUUUUCUCUUUAAGAAGACAUUGUUUUCAACGAUUCCUUUAAUUAUAUUAGGCUUUCAAAGACUGAUUGCUGUUAAAAGUCUUGAAUAUCACGAACACAUUACAGAAUAUGGACUCCAUUGGAACUUCUUCUUUACUCUGGCCAUAACCAAAACGAUUUCAACUUUAUUUUUCAUCCUUUUCUCCACUAAAGUUAAUAUUGGCUUUUGUGGUAUUGUUGUGAUAAUCGUAUAUCAGUUAUGUUUGAAUUGUGGUUUAAAUGAGUUUAUACAAAAUGAUAAUAGGAUUGGUUUAUUUGCUGCCAAUAAAGAGGAUAUGAAAUCAAAAUAUGGCUUAAGAUUUCAUUAGGAAUGUUUGUAUUGUCGUUGAUUACUAUUGUAUUGACACAAUUGAGUAAUACAUUCAUUG